AUCGGACAACAACGCGAAUUUAAUUUUCUCUUAUUAGAAGAGAAUUUCAUUAUCAAAAGAUAAUAAAAGACAAAACAAAAUAAUGAUAAAAAGAAAAGAAACUUCUAACGGCGUAUUCUGUGCGGCUGCCUACUGGUGCAAGGGAGUCCGUGACGUCACAGAUGACGCCCGAAACCUGCCCUGAAACCUCUUCCAGAGACACAUGAGCCCCAGUGUGUUCCGUUGCACCGUGUGAGUUGGACGCACUCAAUCUUCUCGGGGAAUUGAGGGAAAGGCGUAAACCACGCGUUGCUGGAUUACUUUACGCCAUAACUUGUAUACGAAGUGAAAUGUGCAAUUGACAGUCGUUCAUAUCUAUGAAAAAGAGAAAGAGAAAGAGAAAAAAAAAAAAAAACUAGAGAGGAAUAAUAUUACAUACGUAUAUAUAGAUAAUAAUAACCAUGCUAGCCACCUCCUUUUGUAGGAAGGAAGUGCGCAUCUUAGUGUACAUAAUCCUCGGCUUCUCCCUCUUCUCCGUCCUCCACGUGUCCCUCCUCAAGUUCGAGAACCUCCAGAGCGUAAAGGGUCUGGAGAGGGCCGAAGGAGCCGACCAAGGGGGCGGGUCGGCGGAGGGAGGGAGAGGCAAGGCCAGAACCGUUAUCUCCGAAGCGAAGGAAUUUUCCUCGACGUCUCGGGGAAGGAGGAAGAAAGUCCAGGCGAAAGGGAGGGUGAAGGACAAAGUAGGCGAAGGGAGGAGGCGGAAAUGGGAGGAGGUCGACAAGUGUAAGACUAUGUACGGGAAUCUCAACGGCCAUUUCUUCAAGGACGAGGUCGUGGCCCUUAAUUGGACGGAGGGGCGGUCGCAGGCCCGACGGGAGCUUUUCCAGCAACGGGCGAAGGUCCUGCUCGACGCCUGUGCCAAGCUGGACGACACGCAGGGCGCCCUGAAGCCUCCCUUGAGUGUCAUAUAUCAGAAUAACCUCUGGCUGAAAGAUCAUGAUUUGAUCUACUGUCCGAUUAACAAAGUAGGAUCUACAACCUGGAUCACCAGCCUCCUGCAGAUGGCGGGCCAGGAGACGAACCACGGAAGAGGACGCGUCAGGAAGAUCUACAGCGCGCCCUUGAGUAUUCGAGAUCGCAACUCUUUCCUGAAGAAGGCCAUGCGCAUGAUCAUCGUAAGAAACCCGCUGGACCGCCUCCUGUCAGGCUACCGAGACAAGAUGCUGCACCUCAUCUGCAAGGAGAAUCAGUUCUCGGUGAUGCAGAAGCUGAUCUCCACCAAGUACAGCGACCCUGACACGCCUCCUGACCCCUCUGGCAGACCCUCCUUCAGGCAGUUCCUGUUGUUCAUAAGGGAAGAAAUGGAGAUGUUCUGGCAAAGCCAAGGGCAGCACGAAGUCAAUAACCACUGGAAGCCCUUCUGGUGGUACUGCGCCCCUUGCCACUUCGAGUACAACGCCGUCGCCCACAUGGAGAGCCUGAGCGAAGACCAAGAAUAUAUUCUGAGAGAAACGAAACUUUCAGGGAAGAUCAACAACACGCGCACGCAUUCGUCUAAGAACGACAACUUCACGUCCACGCACGAGGCCGCCAAGUGGUACUUCGGCCAGAUUCCGCGCAGCCUCCUGGAGGAAGUCAUUCGGUUGUAUCAACCUGACUUUGAUAUCUUCGGUUACAGUCCAGACUAUCACUUGGCAUUCACGACAGAGGAGCAGUAGUGUGUGGGCGCCUGUCGGGCCGUUUUAUGUGGCUUUAAUAAAGCUUUGACUUAU